CCACAACCAUUUCUCACUGCGCACAUCCUUGGCACAGAAUGGGCGCAUCGUAGGAAGUAGAGGUGACCACAGUAUUAGAGCCAUGAUCACGCAAGAGGCGAGAAUGACGACCGUGUUGGCCUAGAGGAGGAACAGGCAUGGAAACGGUAGCAGUGCUGCUUUGCUCAUAUGCGGUCUGGUUUGUGGGCGUUUCGGAAGAGGGUUUGUGAUGUGUGUUACAGCGUAGGGCGCUUCAGAGCCGGUGAGAUUACGUUAGAGAGGAUUGUUUGAUAGGACGCCUGAAGGCGCAGUGAAGCUUGAGUGCCGGAUGAUGACGACGACGAGGAGGCCUGGGUGCGAGUUCAAGUGCCGAAACAGGGAGUAGGAGUGAGGGUGGAAGAGAUGCGGUGCUGGUUGGCAGGGUUAGUGGUGUGACCGGAGAAGCAAGGAUACGUGUUGGUGCGGAGAGGGUAUGCGUGUGCGGUGCGAGAGAUUAUGAUGGUACAGAGUGGGGCAUGAUGCAGGGAGUGGAUAGGGGUGUGUUAAAGAGAGCGGAUGGCACGGGGUCGUCGUGUUCUCUGGUGAUUGCCAGCGUUAGAAACACAGCGGUGCUUUGAAGUGGGAGGGAUGUGGGUUGGUUGCUGGACGUUCCAACUUGAUGGUCUGCAAGGGGAGAAGCGGAGGGCUUCUUUUGUAUCCACAGGUACAAUACAAGCGUCGUUGGGGUUGUUCUCGUUUCAAGGACAGGUCACUACGCCCACAAGUUUUUUACCAAAAGCUGUGGCAUAUGGAAAGGAGGUUACGCCGACGCCCAAAAAGAACUCGGGAAAGUGGAUGUUGGUUCACGGUCCAUGAGAAGGUGUGGAGACUCCAGCGUUGGCGGUGUUAGGGCGCGAAGAAAAAAACCAUAUUACUUUGGGCGUGGUCUCUGCAGCGUGAGACAGGCUGUUCCAAUGUGUGCGCAUGGGCGCUUUGUUUCGGAGGAUUAACGUGGUCGGGAAGGGCAGAUGUAUAGCCCUGGCAGGGGUGAUGCCCGUGCAACCGCGCCGCCCAAUGCUCGCGACUCGUCGACUUCCAUGCCUAUCGAUCAUUCAUCAGCGUGGCAGAGAGAGCCUUAUAACAGGGACGUGAGGUUAGAUAGAGGGGACAGGGAUAGGACCAUUGGAGGGAAAAGAGAAUGGAGCUCUGACAGGGCUUCACCAGGAGCACCCUACCAAAGAGGUUUCGGUGGGUUGCACUCUGUGAACGGCAAUCUUGGCCCUCCAAACAAACGUCGGCUGAAUGGCCGUCAUUCCGGGUUUCAUACCGAAAACAGGCGGUACGGUUCGGCAGGGUAUCGAGGAGAGCCGCCGUUUGGUUCCAUCGUUCCCCUGGAUAACGGGUUGGCACGAAAAUUGGAUAGAGACUCUUUUUAUCCAGGAUCGGGAUGUCUUGUUACCAAUACGGGCUUUAGUAAUGGUCCUGGUAUUGAUCACCGAUCCAAGGAGUUGGAGGAGAAGCUUAAAUUGGGUUCAUUUUUGUCAUCAGGAAAUGGCAGGGAUGGGGGUGCUUCUGGUGGGCACGACCAGAACGGUCGACCUUUUCCCUCCCAAGUUCUGACCGAGGUAGAGAACACUUCGUGGGAGAGGGAAAGAUCUAAGGGGCUGGUUGGCAAUGGUUGGGAGUCGUCUCAGAGAUCAGAAAGGGAACAUCGUGAGAGGUUGUUGGGUAAGGCGGAGUCUUACAGUAGAAGGGAAGGGAAGUUCUCUCAGUUUGAGGGAGGAAAGGAUUCGUCGCAAGUGGACCAGGAUUUAGAGCUGAGGAAGCUUGAUAGAUGUGGAAGUAGCAGCUGGGACAGUUUCUCCGGUGAUACGGUGUGUGAAAGCAAACUGUCCGUUCAUGGAUUAGAUUGGAGGCGCAAGGAGAGAUCAACCUCCGACUGUUUAUCACGGAGUGCAAGUUACGUUGCUAGUAAUGGUGGCACGAAAGAGUCGAUGGUUAGGUCUCAGGGGUUGGAUGUGUCUGGAAGAGCAUCCUCUCCACACCGCUCACCUAAGUCGAAGCCUCCGUCGGCGAGAGUUGAGGUGAGCCGUGACGAUGGAAACCACCCAUCUCCACCGAAACGGCCUCGGCUGGGUUGGGGCCAGGGGCUUGCAAAAUAUGAGAAGAAGAAGGUUGUGGAAACGGAUGAAAAUGUUGUCUCUGGUUCGGUGGGUAGCGUCUCCGGGGGCGGAAGAUCAAGUAUUACAAGUGUUAUUUCCGGUCCAACCACCGAAGUGGUUCAAACGCAGGAUCUGCAGAUGGCAGAAGAUAGCACUGUCUCUGUUGUAUCGAAGUUGGCCCCAUCGCCGUCGCUGACGCCGUCUGUUUCGCUGUUACCACAGACACUAGAAAGUGUGUCGAAGCCAUGCUUGGAGAGUCCGGGAGUAACGAGAGAGGAUCUCAACAAAUCCUACGUAAAGGCGGCUAACGGGAUAGACUUGCCCACUCUGACUGCAACCUCUCCUGGUUCUCGGGUGGAGGAUUCGGUAACGAAUGCUGAUUUGUUUGCGGCGACCGAGUGCAGUUUGGAACUAAGUGUCAGGCAGUCUGAUUCCUGCGAACCUGUAGAGAGGCCUACUGCUUUGAAAGAAUCCAGCAGCUGUCGAGCCUCGCCAGCAGCUCCAUGCUCAGUCGAACAAUGCUGUGGUUUAGAGGUGACUCAGGAAGUCUGUUCGACUGGAGAUACGACUUGGUGGUCCAAAGAGGAUAUACUGCAGAGAGUCGAGAAACUCGAGUCUGAGAUCGAGCAGGUGGAAAGAGAACUAGCCACUCUGGAACAGUUUAGGAGCUUAAAAAAUGAUGCACCAACGCCGGUUCCUGAAACAUUCGAAGAUUCAGCCGAUAAAGAUACUGGGACGGAGCUGGAGCCUGGGAAAAAUGGUCACCAUGUCAUGGGUCAGGACGCUGUGGUUUUGCAUGCCGGUUCUAUGGAGUGUCGAGAUGAUUCCCAGCCGCUGCUGGCUAGUUCUCCAAAUCGGAUUUGCUCAGUUUCUCCCGAGUGCAUUUCUCAUAGUGUUUCAAGCCUUGAAACCGGAGCUGCUGUGGGAGCGGGCCCCCCUAUGUGCAAUCAAGCGAUGGGGAGCAAGCACAGGAGCUAGAGAAUGAAUUCCUCGUUAUGGAGGAAGGGCAGUCGC